AUGAAGCCCGUCCUCCUCUCCCUCCUCCCCCUCCUCUUACCUGCCAUCCAGGCCGCCCCAACUCAAGGCUUCGCCAGAGAUGCGGACCCUCCCCUUCGCGGCUCGCCCGACCUCCUCGGCUACUCGUCGUCCAACAAACUGACCGAGCACACCACCGAGGGCGCCAAAUACAAGCUCCUUCCCGGCCAGAAGGAAGACCCCAAGAUAGGCAGCUACUUGGAUUUCUCAAACGUGCCGAAUCCGCAACCCAUCCGUGGGAACCUCGGCGGAACGGACUCCUCAGGACGUAGGGCAUCCCACCCACCCCCCUUGCAUUCCCGAACGCGCACGCAUCAAUCAAUCUGUUCCCACUGCACAUACAUAACUCGCAUAGGAUAUUGA